AUGCAGAACAUUGUUGAAGCAGUGGAGCUUAAGUACAGAUCCAUCCAGGUGAGUGCAUCCUUGGAAUUCCAAGACUUUUUCAACGAUCUUGUUGACAAUGAUUUCAAAUCCCUCCCUUCAAAGAUGCGAUACUUUGCUGCAGCAGUUCCUGACUCCUUCCACAAGCAUUUAUUCCCUAAAUCUAGCCUUCAUAUUGCGCAUUCUUCUUAUGCACUCCAUUGGCUUUCCAAGGUUCCAAAAGAAGUUGGUAAUCAAAAUUCUUCAACAUGGAACAAAUGCAAGAUAUAUUGUUCAAAAACUAUAAAAGAAAUCAAAGAGGCAUAUUUUGCUCAGUUUAAGGAAGAUCUGAACAGAUUUCUGAAUGCUAGAGCAACAGAAAUUGUUGGACGAGGCCUUGCUGUGUUUCAAUUAGCUGGUCUUCGAUCGAAAUGGGAGAUAUCAGCCAAGAAAGAGUCAUUCAACUUGCCUUUGCAUCGUCCAUCAGUUGAAAAAUUUAAGAUGGUCGUAGAAUGA